AUAGAACACCAUAUAGUUUUGUGAAGUGAAGAAGAUCUGGAAUGCCAUGGAAGUAGCAGAGCAAAAAGCAUGUCAAGGCUAUGCCUCACUGAAUAUUCUGUCAUCGCCUCUUACUAUAGAUCCCUCACUACCACUUCCUCAUAUCAAGAACCAUAUUGUGGAGUUGUGCAAGGAUAUGUUCAAGGACUGGUCAAAGCUGGAUGAUUCUUGCUUUCUUGUUGAGAGAAUAUCCGGUGGCAUCACAAAUUUGUUGCUCAAGGUUUCUGUUAAGGAAGAAAAUUGUGUUGAUGUCUCUAUAGCAAUCAGAUUGUUUGGACUAAACACUGACAGCAUUAUCGAUCGUCAAAGAGAGUUGCAGGCCACAAAGUACAUCUCAGCUGCAGGAUUUGGUGCAAAGUGGCUUGGAGUUUUUGGGAAUGGCAUGGUGCAUUCGUUUAUCAUUGCAAAUACUCUUACUCCAUCAGAUAUGCGAGAGCCAAAGCAGGCUGCUAAAAUAGCAAAGCAGUUACAAAGAUUUCAUCAGGUGGAAAUUCCAGGUUCUAAGGAACCUCAAUUGUGGAAUGAGAUCAGGAAGUUCUUUGAGCAAGCAUCUGUUCUUGAAUUUGAUGAUAUUAAAAAGCAGAAGAUUUAUGAGACGAUUUCUUUUGCGAAAGUCCAUGAUGAAAUAGUGGAGCUCAAGGAGGUAACUGACAGGCUUAAUUCUCCUGUGGUUUAUGCUCACAAUGACUUGCUUUCUGGAAAUGUCAUGAUCAACAAUGAACAAGAUAAAGUUUACCUCAUUGAUUAUGAGUAUGCAUCAUACAACUACAGAGGUUAUGAUAUAGGAAAUCACUUUGCAGAAUAUGCAGGCUUUGAUUGUGACUACACCUUCUACCCAAAUAGGAACGAGCAAUACCAUUUUUUCAGGCAUUACUUAAAACCUGAGAGACCAAACGAGGUAGCUAGGGAGGAUCUAGAGACUUUAUAUGUAGAGGCAAAUGCAUAUGCUCUGGCAUCACACAUUUUCUGGGCAUUGUGGGCUCUAAUUCAGGCAAAGGUGUCUCCAAUCGAUUUUGAUUAUCUUGGUUACUUUUUCCUUCGCUACAAAGAGUACAAAGGGCAAAAAGACAAGUACUUGUUGCUGGCAAGAUCCUAUAUUGCUGGAUGCAAAAUUAAUGGCAACAUUCAUUCGGAUCAAACUCAUCUAAAAUGAAGAGAUCAGUAAAGUGACAAAGCAGAGUUACAUAGAAGUUACAAAUUCAACCGAAAUGUUUUUCCAAUGCAAUCUGUUAAUUACAAUGUAAUUUUCUUAUUAUUAUCUUUCCUGUAUUGUGAGUUUGUGAGUUGUGAGUUGUGACACCCACUUGUAAGACAUUCUUUUUUUCAUUCCAAAUCCUCUUAGCAAGCUUUUCAUGAUUAGUUCUA